AUGUCCACCGCCACUGGAGCGUUUCUUGCCGGUGGCCUGGCCGCUUGUGGUGCUGUCACCCUGACACACAGCUUCGAGACAGUCAAGAUCCGAUUACAACUACAAGGCGAGCUGCAGGCGAAGAAGGAUGUCGCCAAACAGUACAAGGGCGUGUUUCAUGGAAUCACUGUCAUUCUAAAGAAUGAAGGCCCAAGAGGUCUACUCCGCGGCCUUGACGCAGCUUACACAUACCAACUCCUGCUGAACGGUUGCCGUCUCUCAUUUUACGAACCAAUGCGCAAGAGCAUCACCUCGGCCAUAUACGACGACCCCAAGGCUCAGUCUAUGGCCAUAAACAUUUUCUCUGGAGCGACGUCGGGUGUCAUAGGUGCAGCUGUUGCAUCACCGUUUUUCCUGGUAAAGACGAGAUUGCAAUCCUUCUCUCCAUCCCUUCCAGUCGGCACACAGCACGACUACAAAGGUUCAUCUGAUGGACUGCGGAAGAUAUACCGCAGUGAGGGUGUACACGGACUAUACCGUGGUGCCAUGGCUUCCAUGAUCCGAACGGGUUUCGGUAGUGCUGUCCAGCUGCCUACAUACUUCUUUGCCAAACGCAACCUGAUACGUCAUCUGGGCAUGGAGGAGGGACUUCCAUUGCACCUUGCAAGUAGCGCUGCCAGUGGUGUUGUUGUCUGCAUUGCUAUGCAUCCUCCAGACACUAUCAUGUCCCGAAUGUACAACCAGAGCGGAAACCUGUACAAUGGUGUAUUCGAUUGUGUCAAGAAGACAAUCAAGGCCGAGGGACUCUUUGCCAUCUAUAAGGGUGUAUCUGCUCAUCUGGCUCGUGUCGUACCUCAUACAGUCCUGACACUCACAUUUAUGGAACAAUGUACCAUUCUCAUGCGGAAGGCCGAAGACAGCUUCUUGCCAGAAUCCGUAAGGGCUUGGAUAUAG